ACCAAAGGGUUUUUAGGAUUAUAAUUAUCUUAUCCGCUUUUCAACGAUGAACUAGAGAAGUUUUCGAAACUGCCGCAAACUCUCCUCUUACCAAAGCGAUCAAUGACAUCUCUCACCGGUCUCACCGUCGCCGGAGUUCUUCGAUUACCAGUUUUAUCCUCUCAAAUACCUAGAAAGACUUCUUCUUCAUUGUCAUUACCGCUACCAUACAAUUGCUGUUGGCGAGGCAAAACUUUGACUUGUCUGAGUAACUCACGGAGAUUUGCUGUGGGGAAGGAAGCUGAAGAUGGGUUUCUCUCGAAUAUAAGUGAAGAUACCGAUGAGAUGUUCGACGACUUGUUCAAUAAAUAUGGCAAGGUUGUUUUCAAGAGCAACGAUGUUAAGUCCCCAACAGCUGAGGUUGAUGAUGACGCUGAAAGUUUAGCAUUUGCUGUUGAAUUGGCUAAAGUUGCGAGUGACGUGAAAGCUGGAGACAUUAAGGUCCUCUUUGUGAAGCCUCUUGUCUACUGGACUCGGUUUUUCAUCAUCGCCACUGCGUUCUCCCGCCCUCAAAUCGAUGCAAUUGGAUCGAGGAUGAGAGACCUGGCUGAGAAGAAGUACGGUAAAGUUGCUAAUGGAGAUGUAAAGCCUAAUUCAUGGACAUUGUUAGAUUUUGGUGAUGUGGUGAUCCAUUUAUUCUUACCUCCACAAAGGACAUUCUACAACUUGGAAGACUUUUAUGGGAAUGCAAUGCAAAUUGAACUUCCCUUUGAGGAUCAGUUACCACCAAGGAACUGAUGAUGCACUCUCUGUUCCAAAAAGCAAAAGAAAAAAAAGUAAACAGUUUUGGAAGGAGAAAUUUGUUGAUUCUCUUUACGGCUCUCCGUGAGGCAUGAUGCAAGAAGGCUGUGAGAUUUCAUUUUGUUUGUCCACGCAAUGCUCCGAUGCUUUACACAGCUCUGGGCGUGAGGGGUUGAUGAAUUUUGCUGGCCAAGAUGGUCCAACAACAGUCAGGAGAUCUCAGACAUGCUUUAAUUUGUUUGUUGGAUAGAGUUAAAAAAAACUGUGUUUGCAGCUUUAUGUAAUGUAUGCUUUAGGAUGAUUCUUCAUGUUAUGGAACACCCACUGACCAAGACUCUAAGAAGCUAAUUUGCUUUUCACAGCAACAAGAUUCCUGUA